GCAGGUGUUUUCCUAUCGAUUGUGAUAUUCCUGUCCGUAGCCGGUAACAUCCUGGUGUGUAUAGCGAUUUACACCGAGCGGAGUCUUCGGCGGAUCGGGAACCUCUUUCUGGCGUCAUUGGCCAUCGCGGACCUGUUCGUGGCAUCGUUGGUCAUGACGUUCGCCGGCGUCAAUGAUUUAUUAGGUUACUGGAUCUUCGGCGCCCAGUUCUGCGACACCUGGGUGGCGUUCGAUGUCAUGUGUUCAACUGCUUCCAUCCUGAAUCUGUGUGCCAUUUCGCUGGACCGGUACAUCCACAUCAAGGAUCCGCUGAGAUAUGGCCGCUGGGUGACGCGCCGGGUUGCUAUCGGGACGAUCGUCGUCAUCUGGCUACUAGCGGCGCUGGUAUCAUUCGUGCCAAUCUCGCUGGACCUACACCGGGACAAACGGGAUGAAACGGACACCUCGCUCAUCAUCAACGGCGUCAAGUACGAAACGUGCGCCUUGGACCUGACGCCGACCUACGCCGUCGUUUCUAGUUGUAUAAGUUUCUACGUACCGUGUAUAGUGAUGAUUGGAAUUUAUUGCAGGCUAUACUGCUAUGCCCAGAAGCACGUGAAAUCGAUACGGGCAGUGACCCGACCGGGGGAGAUCAGUGAAAAGCGGUAUCGCAGCAUACGGCGACCGAAGCCGAACAAGAACAAGCUGAAACUGCGCCAGCUGGCGGCGCACGCAUCUUCGCCGUACCACGUGUCCGAUCACAAAGCGGCCAUUACGGUCGGUGUCAUUAUGGGCGUCUUCCUGGUGUGCUGGGUGCCAUUCUUCUGUGUGAACAUAAUUGCCGCUUUUUGCAAAACUUGCAUCGGCCCACAGACGUUCAAGGUGCUGUCCUGGCUCGGAUACUCCAACUCGGCGUUCAAUCCGAUCAUUUACUCCAUCUUCAACACCGAGUUCCGGGCGGCCUUCAAGCGUAUUCUGACGACACGGAGCGCUUGGUGUUGCGGCCAAGAGAUGGGCAACAUCUACCCGCGGCACAGCGACCGGUACGUGACGGACUAUGCGGCGAAAAAUGUGGUGAUGAACUCGGGUCGGUCAUCCGCCGAUCUGGAGCAGGUAUCGGCUAUCUGA